CCCCAAGAUGGCAACAGCCGAAGACGCGUUACUGCUACUGCGGCUCCCCGCGCUGUUCGAAACCAGCAAGCAGCUUCUGGACGAAGUGGAAGCAGCGACUGAACCCACCAGUUCCCAGAUAAUUCAAGAUAAGGUAUUCAGGGGACUAGACCUCCUCAAGAAGGCUGCUGAAAUGUUAUCGCAGCUCGACUUGUUCAGCCGAAAUGAAGACUUGGAAGAGAUUGCUUCCACAGACCUGAAGUACCUGAUGGUCUCAGCUUUUCAAGGAGCGCUCGCCAUGAAACAAGUCAACCCCAGCAAGCGUCUAGAUCAUUUGCAGUGGGCUCGAGAACACUUUUUAAACUACUUAACUCAGUGCCGGUAUUAUCAUGUGGCAGAGUUUGAGCUGCCCCAAACCAACUCAGCUGAUAAUAAUACUGCUAGUUCCUCCAUGGCGUGUCCUAGCCUCGUUGCUGUGGCAUCUGAAAGACAGGCUAAAAUAGAGAGAUACAAGCAGAAGAAGGAGGUGGAGCAUAGGUUGUUUGCACUGAAAUCUGCUGUGGAAAGUGGUCAAGCAGAUGAUGAGUGUGUUCGUGAAUAUUACCUUCUUCACCUUCGAAGGUGGAUCGGUAUUAGCUUAGAAGAGAUUGAGAGCAUUGACCAGGAGAUGAAGAUCCUGAGAGAAGACGACUCCUCAAAAGAGGCAUCAACUUCUUACUCAUCUCCUCAGGACAGGCCUCCAAUGAAACCCUUCGUUCUCACUCGGAAUGCGGCCCAAGCCAAAGUAUUUGGAGCUGGUUAUCCAAGUCUGGCAUCUAUGAUGGUGAAUGACUGGUAUGAUCAGCAUCAGAAAUAUGGAGCAUUACCAGAUCAGGGCAUAGCCAAGAUAACACCAGAGCUCAAAAGAGCAGCUCAGCAACAGGAAGAUCAGGAACAAAAGGAGGCAGAGGAGGAGGAAGAGGAGGAGGAGGAGGGGGAAGAAACACUCCACAGAGUUCGGGAGUGGGAUGACUGGAAGGACACCCAUCCCAGAGGCUAUGGCAACCGACAGAACAUGGGUUAGUCUUACCACAACAAGAUGGGACUUCAGGGACUCACAUCUUCCCAGCCAAGGAAAGCCAUGCAGUCUUCCCCUACCUGGGCUCCUGCUUCAGCUGUGUAAAAUGAAGAUGCUUAAUCUUGCUUUAUGUUCAAUAAAAUGUCAAACAAGUAAGUGUGUAUUUGUACUCUAGGU